AAGUCGAGGUCGGAUGAUUGCCCUGGUGAGAUGUGGCCCCUUUAACAGAGGAGAGGCGUGCUUAGACGGUGCCCCUUUUAGGGGCGGUGUCCCCACGUGUGGGCUUUCACAGCCUCAUUCAUUCAUCAAUUUUGACGGAGGGCCUGGCCUGACUUGCUCCGGGGAGCAACCUGAUUCACUCCAGGAGGGGGCCGCUGACUCGCUCCCGGAAGGGGGAUGGGGCACCUGACUUGCGGCCGGGCCGGCGUGACUCGCUGCCCGGGAGGCUGCUGAGUCGCUCCCGGGGGGCCACCUGACUCGCUCCAGAGGACCAAGUGCAGUCCCGCGUCUCCAGUGAACCCCCUGGGGAAGCUGCCCUUUAUCCUGUGAGUGACCGCACAGGUAAGUGUCCGGGAAGAGGCUGGGUCCUGGUGGAGGAGAGACCCUCCCAGCCCCAGAUGCGUCGGCUCGAGGGCGACAGCGGCGUCCCAUGUCACGGCUACCCAGUUUGAGCCUGCCGGGGUCCAGUUGUCCCGCUGCAGGCGGGAGUGGCCAGAGCUGGUCGGGGCAACCCCUGCACCUCUUAGGCGAAGGGUGGAACCUAGGCACCCCCCCUCCCCGAGGGCCCCUGAGGGGGCGGGACCUCCAUACAAAUCACCAGGCGGGGGCGGAGCCAGACUCUCUAAGAACUUAGAAGAGGCGGGGCUGUACACGCAGACGCGGCGGAGGGCGAAGCCGGGCACCCUGGGGCCCCAGAGGGGGCGGGGUCGCACCGGUAAAUCUUUUGGGCUGAGGCCGCAGAGGGAGGAGGAUCCGGUUCCUUGAGGGCACUGACGGAGGCCGGCACCCCGGAGGCGGUGCCGCGCGUGAAAUCCUUUGGAGCGGGGAGCGGGCCACACACGUGAAUCGCUGGUCCGCGGAGGAGGCGGGGGCCAGACUGCCUGAGGGCACCUCCGUGGAGAACGGUCCGCUAGGCCCGGGAUCGGAGGCUCCGCGAGCGAGCUUGCGCCGUUCCCGGGGCGGCGGGGGCGGGUGACGUCACGGCCGGGCCUGCGGCGGCCCGCAGACGCUCUCGGCGCACUCCGCUCCCAUGGCGGCCGAGCCCGAGUCGCCGCCGUCGGCCUGCCGCUUCUUCCUGGAGGGCCGCUGCCGCUUCGGCGCCCGCUGCCGCCAGCCCCACCCCGGGGCGCCGGCCUCGGCACAGCCUAGCCGCGAGGCCGAGGCCGGGGCCAAAAAACCGCCGCUGCGCACGGCCGCGGCCGUCAUCCAGCGCAUCCGCUGGGACCCGCGCCUCGACCCGGCCGACUUCUCUGUGGGCUACGCCGACCGCUUCCUGGGCGUGCGCGAGGAGCCCUUCUGCGCCUUCUGCUGGGACGAGCCGCUGGCGGCGCUGGGACCCGGCGUGCUGGCUGUGCCGCAGCACCGGGUGCGCUACUUCCGCUUCCGGGGCCGCCUCGUGUGGGACCGCGCCUCGCGUACAGACCACGUCUUCGGCUCGGGCUUGGCGGCCGGUCGCGGGCCCACCAUCCUGGACGCGCUCGACAGCGGGGGCGCGCACGACGGUGAGGAUGCCCAUGUCGGCGAAGACGCCCACGGGCCCCAGGACGCGCACGAAGGUGAGGAUGCCCAUGUUUUCGAAGAUGCCCACGGGGCCCGAGAUGCGAGUGACAGCGAGGAUGCCCACGGGCCCCAGGACGCGUAUGAUGGCGAGGACGCGCGUGACAGCGAGGAUGCCCAGGUCGGCGAAGACACCCACGGGGCCCAGGACGCACACAGCGAAAAGGAUGCGCUCGGCGGCGUAGGUGCCGCCCCUGCCAACAUCCGAGUGGAAGAGCACAGAGCACCCCACUGGACAGAACUAGAAGUGGGGCGGAGGCCAGCCACCGCAGCCAGGACCACGGAGCCACAGGGCGGGAAGGAGCAGGCCCAGGAUGCCCCGGGAAGGCCCGCGGGAGAUUUCCUGGAAACCGAAGCAGAGUGGGGUCCUGGGGCCUGGCCCUCGGACUGCGGAGAGGCCGCUGGGGCCAGGGCCGCGGGGCCUCGCCAGCCCCGCCCCACGCAUUUUGUGGCUCUCAUGGUGACUGACCCUGGGCUGCAGGCCAGAGUAGCCAGGGCCCAAGAAGAGCUGGUCCGAGCCACGCCCUCGUGCACCGCGUUCAUGGUACCCGCGGGCGCGCUGCACCUGACACUGGCCCUCCUGAGGCUAGCAGGCCCUGGGGAGGUAGCCGCGGCCCUUGGUGCACUGAGACGUGCGCUCUCGGCUCCAGGGCUUCAGGCACCCCCGCAGGUGAGGUUUAGGCGCCUGCUUCUCCUGAGGCACCAUGUACUCUGUGCCCCUCCCUGCCCCUCCCUGGAAAAUAUGGCCCAAGUGCUGAGACAGAGGCUAGAGGCGGAGGGGCUCAGAGUAGUUCAGCCCCUAGGGGGGCUACACCCCCACCUCACCUUGGCCAAGGUGCCCCAAGGUUCUCAAGUCUGCCUCCCCGAGCCCAAGUUCAUCCCUGGACAGGAGCUAGGGAGCCAGCCCCUGAGGAAGCUCUGGUUGUGCCGCGUAGGCAGGGCAGGAGAUACCUACCAGCCCCUGGCUGAGAUGCCCCUGGGGUGACCGCCCCUGCUCAGACCUCUGGGGGAGGCAGAUCUCCACCCUAAAGAACAGGAGAAGACCCAGUCUACGCAGGAAGGGACAAAGUGCUCUCUCUCUCUCUCUCUCUUUAAUUUUGGUUUCUCUCAAGCUUCCAAGUGGUGCUCAGUGAUCCAAGGAAAAGAAUGAAGGAAGGAGAAGGGAGGGGAGAGGGAAGGGAGGGGAGGCAGAGGAGGAACAUCUGGAAAAAAAGCAGCCUGACAGUCCAGCUGUUUGCAAACUCAUUGCACAUCCUCCAGUUACAUGGCAGAAGAGGGGGGAGGGCCAAAAAGAAAAA